AAUAAGGUAUCAAUUACAAUAUUUAUGUCGCUCUUUAUACUUUCCCUAAGAGAUACGAUUGUCUUUAGAAUUCCAUUCCACAUCGCCAUCCAAUUAGAAAAAUUUGCAAGUUGCAGUGCACUAGUAGUACAACUAUCACAUGUUUGUUGACUUGAACGUCAUACAAAGUGAUGACGAAGCCAAGAAUCAAACCCUCAUCCAACGUCUGCAACAACUUGGAUAUGAUAGUUUUGCCUUUAACAAAUAUGUUCGUGGUCGUGUUAAACGUGAGAAAGCCCCGAAAAUAACAAAACUGGACAUUCCUCAAGGAGAAGUGGACUAUUCAUUAUUUCGUCCAGGCUGUUCACAAAGUCGACAACUGCAACAGUUGACUAGAGUCACUUUUAUCAUAGAUCAACAAGAUGACAUACAUAUGCUGAACUCAUCGAAUCCGUUGUUACGAGACUAUGAUAUUAUUGCGGUUCAACCGGCAACUGAAAAAUUGUUACAACAGUGCCUUCAGUUUGAUAUUGACAUGGUUACUAUGGCUUUGAAUGAACGGUUGCCAUUUUAUUUAAAAGUACCUCAAGUGAAUGUAAUGAAGUCCAAGAAUAUCAAGUUUGAAAUCUGCUAUUCUCAUCUUUUGGAGCCUAGCAAUAUCCGUCAAACAGCUAUUGCUAAUAUUUGUUCAUUGAUGAAGACACUGAAACCAGAGUUGAUAAUUAUGUCUAGUGGAACAGAGGAUCCUAUGAAAUUGAGAGGUCCUUAUGACGCAAUGCACAUGGCUUUCUUCUGGGAUAUGAUGGAACAUCAUGCCAGACGAGCGAUAUCAGAAAUUCCAAUGAGUACGAUAAGAAAUGCCAAUUGGAGACGCAAUACAUUUAAAGGAGCUGUUGAGAUUGUAUCGUUGGAAGGUUCUUCAAAACAUACUACUUGGCAGUUUAAAAAGUUGGAGGAAUGGAAAGCCAACACUCCAAAUGAUGACAAUACGGAUAUGUCCGUUAUGGGAAAGAAACGUCCAUUGGAGACGAGUGCAAACGGGACCAAUUCUUCCAAAAAUAACAACAAGAAAACCAAACAAAAAUAACUAUGCAAAUUGCAUAACAUAGUUUAC